AUGGCGCCGGCCAGAGUUGCACCGUCUGACACCCUUCGAGUCGACGGUGAAACAGUCCCGUGGAAUCCAGGGGGUGCAGGGGCUGGAUUACCGUACUAUUACCACAAUUCCGGCGGCACGGGCUCGUUUCCCCCCUCUGGACAACGGCCUCCCGUAAUAACCACCGUUUCGAACGGUAUGCAGACCGGCCCCAUCCAAGACGGACCACUCUCGCCCCUCUUCCAAGGCUUCCCAGGGGCCGCCGACCAGGUGGUUCUCGAACGGGUACCUGGGUCUGCCAUACAAUCCAGGAGGAUCUCCCAAGUACCCUCCAUGUAUUCGAGACCUCCCCUCGUCCCCCCCCUUCGUUUGACCACGCUGGCCUCUACUUAA